CAAUUUAGAUAAGAGUAUCAGUCUCAGUAGCAGAGUAAAAAUACCAUGAGCACACCCACUCAUUUCCUGUCUCCUUUCAUUUCCCAACCUCUCAAAACCCCUAAAACCCUAGCCCUAAUUUUCAAUCCCAAAUCUUCUCAGUUCUACAUUCCUCAAAUUAACCCGAAAUUAAUUCAUUCCGAGACCAAACCAAUUCGCAGAAGCCCUAGAAAACGGUCCUUUGGGAGAAGGUCAGUUAUUAAGAAAACAUUAUCUCAAGAACAGGUGGUGUUUACAGCUCCGAUUUCUGAUCAGCCGGAAGUUGGGAUAAUCGGUGGCGGGAUGGCGGGUCUUAUGUGCGCUCUAGAUUUGGAGAAGAAGGGUAUUCGUUCCACCGUUUUCGAUACGGGAAUGCAUGGUUUGGGAGGGAGGAUGGGAACAAGAUUUGUUGAACCUCAACGCUAUGUUUUCGACCAUGCUGCUCAAUUCUUUACUGUAAGCGAUUUACGGUAUGCUGAGUUGGUCAAUGGAUGGAUAGAGAAGGGGCUAGUACAGCAAUGGAAGGGUAUAGUUGGAGAAAUUGAAGCUGGGGGUCAGUUUUCUCCACUGCCUGAUUCCCCGACACGAUAUAUAGGUGUCAAUGGAAUGCGUCCACUGGCUGAUUCGAUAUUGUCAGAGACAAAAAUGGUUGAAGUCGUAAGGCCUUGUUGGAUUAGUGCAAUAGAGCCAUUUAAUGGGAUGUGGCAUUUGAGUGAGAAUGGAAAGCCACGUGGAAAAUUUGAUGCUAUUGUCAUUGCACACAACGGGAAAUGUGCAAAUCGCUUACUCGCUACUUCGGGCUUGCCACUUAUUGCUAAACAAAUGAAGAGGUUAGAUUUGAGUUCUAUUUGGGCUCUGCUUGCAGCAUUUGAAGAUCCUCUUCCUUUGACAUUUCCCUUUGAAGGAGCAUUUGUUAAAGGAGUAGAUGCUUUAUCAUGGAUGGCAAACAACUCUGCAAAAUUGUCAUCUACCCAAGGUGGUCCUCAUUGCUGGACCUUCUUCAGUACAGCAGCUUUUGGAAAGCAGAACAAGGUUCCACAGGAAAACAUUCCAAAUGUUACAGCAGAGAGGGUAACAACACAAAUGCUGGAGGGUGUAGAGAUUGCACUAGGGCUCUCAAAAGGAUCACUGAAGAAACCUACUUAUACCAGGGUGCAACUAUGGGGUGCAGCUCUUCCAAACAAUACUCCAGGCGCACCAUGCAUCUUUGAUCCUCAGGGAAGAACUGGUAUUUGUGGUGAUUGGCUGCUGGGAUCAAGUCUAGAGAAUGCUGCUCUCAGUGGCAUGUCAAUGGCUUGUCAUAUUGCAGACUAUUUUCAAAGUGGUGGAACAAACCCAGAGGGUUAUGCUAUUGGCUUAGAAAAUGAAUAUCACUGGAUUCGAGGGAACGAUAUUGGGCAGUUUCCUGGAUUAGAAGUUUAGAUCAUAAAGAACUGGUGACGGGAGAACUUGUACAAAAAUAGAGUUAGUAAACUUGGUAUGGAGGAUCAAUCUGAUAUACUCUUUCAUCAGAAGCAUGGACUCAUAAGAGGGUCUUGCAGCGCACUGAUUAGUCUGGAUAAAAACCAUGACAUUGUAGGAUGCUUCUUCAAAAAAAUUGUCGAUCUGCUCCAGUAAAUUUCUGGAUAUCCUAGCAUCUCCAAGCAGACUCCUAACUUCAUUGUAGGAAUAAAACUCUCAAUUUUGUAAUUCAUGUAUGUUAACUUUGAAUGAGACGUACUUUUACAAAGUUUGUGAAAGUAACCAAAACUACUAGAAAGUUUUACUUCAUUUAUAAUUGUCGAAACUGUUCUUGAAUCCUACACACUACAGCCAUUCAAUCCUUUA